AUGCGCCUUUUAAAACCUAACAACUCCGGCGGCUUUAGCCUUACAGAAGAUCUGGUUGGCGACAGAAUUCCCCAAUACGCGAUUCUUUCACAUCGAUGGGGUCCAGAAGAGGUCACCUUCAGAGACCUAAAGGACGAACCUGGUCUGAGAGACCUGCAGAACGGAGCUAGGCCGAGCAAGCACGGUUACGACAAGAUCCAGUUCUGCGGUAACCAAGCCCAACGUGAUGGCUUGGUGCACUUCUGGGUAGACACAUGCUGUAUUGAUAAGUCCAGCAGUGCCGAACUCACUAAGUCCAUUAACUCCAUGUUCAAGUGGUACCGCAAUGCGGCUAGAUGUUACGUCUACCUGGACGAUGUUUCGAAACCCACCUUGCAAACCGGGGACGAAUCCAACGACCCACUCUGGGGUACAGGAUUCCGCGACAGUCAGUGGUUUCGUCGGGGAUGGACUCUUCAAGAGCUUCUAGCACCAGCUUCGGUCGAGUUCUUCUCUAGAGAGGGCGCUCGACUAGGAACCAAGAGAUCUCUAGAACUGCCUAUCUCCGAUAUCACAGGAAUCCCGGUCAAGGUGCUUCGAGGCUUUCCUCUUCCCGAUUGCACUGUCCCCGAGCGCUUCGCAUGGGCCGAAUCCCGGCAGACCACAGAGGACGAAGAUUAG